AUGUCUGCCUCGGGUCCAGCCACGCAGGAUAAUGCCCGGAACUACCGCCCCAUCCGCCGAAAAAAACCGGAAGAAGCUGAUGGUGGCUGGCGAGGUCCAAAGUUCCCGCCUAGCCCCUCUGUUUUAUUUUUUCCCCGCCUCCUCCGCGGAAACCGAGCGCCAAACUCAAACUUUAACAGGACCCGAACGUCGUUUAGGCUAGUGCUGCGGGCCGCACUUGGAGUUUCCCGCACACCUGCCGGGGAAGCGGUUCAGCAUGAGCCAGGUUCUCUUCCAGCACCUCGUCCCGUUGCAAGUGAAAUGCAAAGACUGCGAGGAGAGGUGAGGAGAGUGAGUAUUAGACUGAGCAUUGAACUACAAUCAGUUUCUAAUCCAGUUCACAGAAAGGAUUUAGUUAUCCGUCUGACUGAUGAUACUGAUCCAUUUUUUCUGUAUAACCUUGUUAUAUCAGAGGAAGAUUUUCAGAGUUUAAAAUUCCAGCAAGGUCUUCUGAUAGACUUCUCAGCUUUCCCACAAAAAUUCAUAGAUCUCCUUCAGCAGUGUACUCAAGAACAUGCCAAAGAAAUUCCAAGGUUUUUGCUACAGUUAGUUUCUCCAGAAGCUAUUUUGGAUAACUCACCUGCUUUUUUAAAUGUGGUAGAGACAAAUCCUUUUAAGCAUCUUACACACCUUUCAUUAAAACUGUUACCUGGAAAUGAUGUGGAAAUAAAGAAGUUUCUAGCAGACUGUUUGAAAUGUAGCAAGGAAGAAAAAUUAUCAUUGACACAAUCACUAGAUGAUGUUACCAGGCAACUGAAUUUCACACAAAAGACAUUAUCAGAAAAAAUCCAAGAAUUAGAUAAGUUACGGAAUGAAUGGGCAUCACACACAGCAACAUUGUCAAAUAAGCAUUCUCAAGAACUGACAAAUGAGAAGGAAAAAGCUUUGCAGGCACAGGUUCGAUACCAACAGCAGCAUGAACAACAGAAAAAAGAUUUAGAAAUCCUCCAUCAACGAAACAUCCAGCAGCUACAAAACAGAUUGUCUGAGUUAGAAUCUGCUAAUAAAGACCUCACUGAAAGGAAAUAUAAAGGAGACUCUACCAUCAGAGAACUUAAAACAAAACUGUCUGGUGUUGAAGAGGAGCUCCAGCGGGCUAAGCAAGAAGUCCUCUCUUUGCGAAGAGAGAAUUCUACACUUGAUGCUGAGUGCCAUGAAAAAGAAAAGCAUAUUAAUCAUCUACAAACAAAAGUGGCUGUUUUAGAACAGGAAAUCAAGGAUAAGGAUCAGCUUGUUUUAAGAACAAAAGAAGCAUUUGAUACAAUCCAGGAACAAAAGGUGGCUUUAGAAGAAAAUGGUGAGAAAAAUCAGGUACAACUAGGAAAACUUGAAGCUACAAUAAAAUCAUUAUCAGCUGAACUUCUUAAGGCAAAUGAAAUUAUCAAAAAGUUGCAAGGGGAUCUGAAGACCUUAAUGGGUAAAUUGAAACUGAAGAAUACAGUAACUAUUCAGCAAGAGAAACUCUUGGCUGAGAAGGAAGAAAAAUUACAAAAGGAACAAAAAGAAUUACAAGAUGUUGUACAGUCUCUCCGAAUUAAAGAACAAGAGGUAUGCAAAUUACAAGAACAAUUAGAAGCUACAGUUCAAAAACUUGAAGAAAGCAAACAGCUUCUAAAAAAUAAUGAGAAGUUAAUCACAUGGUUAAAUAAAGAAUUAAAUGAAAAUCAGCUAGUGAGAAAGCAAGAUGUAUUGGGACCUUCAACCACUCCACCUGUACAUUCUAGUAGCAACACCAUCAGAAGUGGAAUUUCUCCUAACUCUAAUGUGGUUCCACGUGGUGUUCAGUCUUCCUUGUUGCAAAGAGUUGAUAGUAGACUGACUUACCCAACUUGUGGGAUUGGUUAUCCUGUCUCCUCUGCAUUUGCAUUCCAGAAUACCUUUCCUCAUCCUAUAGCUGCCAAAAAUAGCAUCCACCCAGUUUCAGGACCAAAGGUGCAGUUUAACUUGCAGUUUACAAAACCAAGUACAUCACUAGGAGAUGUUCAAUCAGGAACAACUGUUAGUAUGCCUUGCUCAACUGAUAAGGAAAAUGCUGAAAAUUUAGGGCUGGAAUCCAAAUAUCUGAAGAAAAGGGAAGACAGCAUUCCUUUACGUGGGCUCAACCAAAAUCUAUUCAAUAAUCCAGAUAAUCUUUUUUUGUCCUCAUUUGCAGACCAUCAAAAAGACGGCACUUUAGGAGCAUUACAGACAUCUUCCAAACCCGUAGUCCUCCCUUCUACAUCUUCAGCAUAUUUCCCUGGGCAGCUACCAAACAGUUAAUCCUAGUGUCAUCUUUUACUUUUAUUGAAAUUUUAGAAAUUCAGCAUGGUUUUAAUAUAGAAACAACACAGAUGAAAUUCUGAAUAAGCAAGUUUCAAAGUUUACUUGAGCUACUGUAUUAGAUUGUUUGGAUCCUUUAAGCACUGCUGUCGUUUAUGCAGUUUAGAGGGGCAUAUUUGUACUAGGGAAUGGGUGAAGAUUCUUUUUAGUUUGGAACAUGGUGUUUUGUAGAAUAAUAGUAUGAAUUUUAUUAAACUAAUCCUUAGAAAUUCUCAGAAGUUCUAAGGAAAGAGUUGAUCCUUGUAAGGGGACAUUCUAAUCAUAUUCAAUAACUCAGUUAAUUAAAACCUGCUCAGAUAUAUAUACUAGUAUGAAACCAAAGAAUGCUAUCAAUUCAUUUUAUCCUUUUCAUUAGUACAAUAAAAGUUUUAAAUUUGCCACCUGAGAAUUUUAAGGGAAAAUAAUUAUCUCUUGAGAUAUAUUAUUGAUAUUUACAGUAAAGGGAAAAGUUCUGAAAUUACCUUAAAUGAAUAAAUUCUUCAUAGCAAGUAAAUAUUUUCCUUGAAACCUUUAAAUUAUCUUUUGAAUAAGUCUGUUAAGUAAUUUUGAUAAAUUUAUUGUACAGAAAAUCUUGGACAGUCUAAUUAUAUGACCAGAUUAGGUACAAAGUGCUUUUAGUCAUUUGAGGUGCAGUUUAUGGAUUUUAAUGCUUCCUGGAAGUCUACAGUCAUCCAGUUUUUCUCCUUCAUUUGGAGUUUUGUUUGUUAUGCAGUUAAAUCUGUAUUAGUGGAAUAUUUGUUUUAAAAAUUAGUACUUACACAAAAUAAUUACUGAGAGCAUCAUGAAUAUUCAUUUUGCGUAUAUCAAAAUAGGUUCAUUUUCAUGUUUGCUUAUUAGUAAAGUAGGCAAAAUGAAUAAUGUUAGAAGUUACAACUUUCUUCUCUUCCCUAUAAUUAAAAGUUUCAAAUAAGAAUUGUUCCUUGGGAAAAAUGAGGUAAUUAAAAAAAAAUUCACCCAGGAUCACAGGGUUGCAUUUUGUUUUCUUACAGACAACCAUCCAGUAGAGUAGCAUUCUCUUAAGAAAACUAAAUCAUUUUGUUUGCAGAGAUUGCUCAUGCUCAUGUGAUACUUAAAAAAAAUAUUUUCAAGGACCUUAUUACACAGAUGAGGAAGAGAGACAUUUCAGGAUAUUGAUGGACCUACUAAUGUUAUUGGCUUCCAUGGUAAGACAAAAAAUAUUUGCUAAUUUUUUUAUGAAGCCACAGUAUUGAGUCUUUCCUUAUGAUACUUUUGAAACUGCUGGUAACCACAAGCUGUCUUAAACUAAAAAAUUUAAUAACUGUUAUUAGGUAGUCACUUUUUAUAUAUAUAUUUUUGUCAUUUAGAUAUACUAUAUUAGUAAGAAUACUCAGUUAUAAUAACUUGAAAGCACUAAUAAUCUGGAAAGAAACUUUCUGGCAAUAUUGGAAUCUUUCCUGUAAAUAGUAUGUAAUAUAAAACUUUGUGACAAGGGUUUGGAUAGAAUAAAUGACAUACAGGUAGCUCUUUUUUUUAAAUAUAGAUAUCCUUUUUCCAUAUCCACACAUGGAAAACUGGGAGAAUUCCCAAAAGAUAUAGAGAUCAUUUUGAUAUCAAACUUGCUAAAGACUUUUUGGUAUUAAAUAUAUAUACACAGACUUUUGAGUGUGCUAAUUAUUUGCUCUACCUCUUAAACUUUUAUUUGAAAUUGUUUUGCUGUGUGCAGUUGUACAUGUGUUAAUAAUCAAAAUAUUGCAUUUAAUGUAUUUCUGUAAACUGUGAGCUUUGUUAAUAAAGUAUUAAUAUUUUGGGAA